CCGCGGCUCCUCUACAGUCAGUGGGUGGAUGGAGAGAGUUAGAGAGAGAGAGCGUGUGCUUGUGCUUGUGCGUGUGUUUGUACGGAUGUCACAUACUGCGCAUUUAACUUAGACUUAGCUUAGGCGGGGGACUAGUUUGUGUGAGGGCAGCAGCAACAGGGAGUGAUACUAACAGAGCGCUGGUUAGAGAGGUGGUGUGGUUGUGGCGGCGGACUGAGAGCGGGGACGGGCUGAACAUCACCCGGAAUGUGGGCAUCCGCCGCCGCCGCUAGUUCACUACACAGCAGCAGCAGCGUGUGUCGGAGCCGCAGCAGCACUCAGACCGUCGAGAUAUUCACAACAGAGGUUCAGGCAGGCCAGAACGGAGUUCAAGGGAGGACUGAAUGAGAUAGGGCGGUAAACUGUGUCGUUAAACCGAGCUGGACCCGAGCUCUGCCCGCUUUUGCCGAGCUAGCGUUAACACUCCGUAAAAACGACCGUUAAAACCUGACGCUAGUUAACCUAGCGAUUUAACCCAACUAACAGACUGCCUGGAAAGUUGUCGCGGUUGUCGUUUUCUCCUUUCCUUUAAUGCUCUCCGUUUUCUGAGCGAAACUUUUCAUCUCUUCUCCUGGGAAAUACCCCGCCGCUGCUGCUGUAGGAUGCCGGAUCAAAUAUCGGUGUCCGAGUUUCUCUCGGAGACGACGGAGGAUUACAACUCUCCCACCACGUCCAGCUUCACUACCCGCCUCCAGAGCUGCAGGAACACCGUCAGCGUGCUGGAGGAGGCUUUGGAUCAGGACAGAACUUCACUUCAAAAAGUCAAGAAGUCAGUCAAAGCCAUCUACAACUCUGGCCAAGAUCAUGUCCAGAACGAGGAGACGUACGCCCUGGCGCUGGAUAAAUUUGGAAGUAACUUCAUCAGCCGGGAUAACCCUGACCUGGGAACAGCCUUCGUCAAGUUUUCCACCCUGACCAAGGAGCUGUCUGCACUGCUUAAGAACCUGCUCCAGAGUCUGAGUCAUAAUGUGAUCUUCACGCUGGACUCUCUGCUGAAAGGAGACCUGAAAGGCGUGAAGGGGGAUUUGAAAAAACCCUUUGACAAGGCUUGGAAGGACUAUGAAACGAAGUUUACAAAGAUAGAGAAGGAAAAACGAGAGCACGCCAAGCAGCACGGCAUGAUCCGCACGGAGAUCACGGGCGCUGAGAUCGCUGAGGAGAUGGAGAAGGAGCGACGCCUCUUUCAGCUCCAGAUGUGCGAGUACCUGAUCAAAGUGAAUGAGAUUAAGACCAAAAAGGGGGUGGACCUUCUGCAGAACCUGAUCAAGUAUUACCACGCACAGUGCAAUUUCUUCCAAGAUGGCUUGAAGACUGCUGAUAAACUCAAGCAGUACAUUGAGAAGCUAGCUGCUGAUCUUUACAAUAUAAAGCAAACUCAGGAUGAGGAGAAGAAGCAGCUCACAGCCCUGAGGGAUCUUAUCAAGUCUUCCCUGCAACUGGAAAAGGAGGACUCUCAGAGCAAGCAGGGUGGCUAUAGCAUGCACCAGCUCCAGGGUAACAAAGAGUUUGGCAGUGAGAAGAAAGGAUAUCUGAUGAAGAAGAGUGAUGGGCUGAGAAAGGUGUGGCAAAGGAGGAAGUGUUCAGUAAAAGGAGGAAUUCUCACCAUCUCUCAUGCCACUUCAAACAGACAGCCAGUCAAACUCAACCUGCUCACCUGCCAGGUCAAGCCGAGCGCUGAAGACCGGAAGUGUUUUGACCUCAUCUCUCAUAAUCGCACAUAUCACUUCCAGGCUGAAGAUGAGCAGGAGUUUGUAAUCUGGAUCUCAGUGUUGACUAACAGUAAGGAGGAGGCGUUGAACAUGGCAUUCAGAGGAGAGCAGACAGCAGGAGAGGACGGCCUGGAGGAUCUGACUAAAGCCAUCAUCGACGACGUCCUGCGCAUUCCUGGCAAUGAAGUUUGCUGUGACUGUGGGGCUGCAGAUCCUAAAUGGCUGUCAACUAAUCUUGGGAUCCUGACGUGUAUCGAGUGCUCGGGCAUUCACAGGGAGAUGGGAGUUCACAUCUCUCGCAUUCAAUCCAUGGAACUGGACAAACUGGGGACAUCUGAACUCUUGCUGGCCAAGAAUGUCGGGAACAGUAAUUUUAAUGAGAUAAUGGAAGGGAAUCUUCCUUGUCCCUCUCCAAAGCCCACUCCAUCCAGUGAUAUGACAGUUCGUAAAGAGUUUAUACAUGCCAAAUACGUGGAUCAUAAGUUUGCGAGGAAGAUGUGCAUGUCUGCAGCGGUGAAGAUGAGCGAGCUCUAUGAGGCAGUCAGGUCACGUGACCUGCUGGCCCUCAUCCAGGUGUAUGCCGAGGGGGUGGAGCUUAUGGAGCCUCUUCCUGAUGCUGGUCAGGAGGCUGGGGAGACUGCACUGCACUUUGCUGUGAGGACUGCUGACCACACCUCACUACAUCAGGUCGACUUCCUGGUUCAGAACAGUGGAAACCUGGAUAAACAGACAGAGAGAGGCAACACAGCCCUGCAUUACUGCUGCAUCUACGAAAAACAUGAAUGCCUCAAACUGCUCCUGAGAGGCAAACCUGCUACUGACAUCACCAAUCAUAAUGGAGAGACGGCAUUAGAUGUGGCCAGGCGAAUGAGGAUCGACCAGUGCGCUGAGGCAUUGAUGCAAGCUACAGAAGGCAAGUUUAACCCUAAAGUUCAUGUGGAGUACGAGUGGAACCUUAGACAGGAGGAGAUGGACGAGAGCGAUGAUGAUCUUGAUGACAAGCCGAGUCCCAUAAAGAAGGACCGCAGGCCGCAGAGUUUCUGUCACUCCUCCAGCCUGUCUCCUCACGAUAAGCUCUCUCUACCCAUAUUCUCCGGUCCUCGCGAUAAGCAGCGUCUCUCCUACAGCUCCUUCACCACUCAGAUGUACAGCGUCUCCACCGACUGUCCGUCCUCCCCUGUGACUGACGCCCCGCCUCUUCCACCCAGGAACGCAGGCAAAGCUCCUCCUCUGGCAUUCCUUGGUUCUCAUUCGCACUAUGCUACUCUGGCUAGCACUCGACUAUACAUCACCCCGCCCUCGUCAUCCUCCCCUCUCUCCCCUGGCUCCCAGAUCCCCAGUAACAGCAACUCCACCCUGUCCAAGAAGAGACCCCCGCCCCCUCCCCCCGGACACAAACGCACGCUGUCUGACCCCCCUACCCCGCUCUCAUACACCCCUCACUGUAAAGGAAGCGACUCCACUCCACCUCCCAUCAACAAGAUGUCUCCAGUAGCAAACCGCUUUGAAGGGAUAUUACAGCAACAAAGCACUACAUCCAGUACCACUAAAUCUACACUUGGCCCAAGGGUUCUUCCCAAACUACCUCAGAAGGUUGCUCUGCGCAAGAUUGAGACCAUUCACCACCCGUCCGUGGACAGACCCAGCCAGCCUCACGAGCCUGUACUGCUGUUCCAGAAAUCUCUGCAGUGUUCUGACACUCCACAGAAAGUUCCUGUACCUGAUAAACCUCAUUCAGGAGACCUACCCCCUAAACCCCAGCCCUCAGAAUUACCCCCCAAACCAGGAGAACUGCCCCCUAAACCACAUCUCUCUGACCUGCCUCCUAAACCCCAGCUUGGAGAUCUGCCCCCCAAACCCCAACUGAAAGACCUUCCCCCGAAACCCCAACUGGCUGACCUCCCCAUCCUCAAACCUGUAGCCCCUGAGCCUGUUCAUAAGCCCCCUCCAGGAGAAGUGACCCCCAAAUCUGAAUCACCAGAGACUCCAACGUCCAUUCAGCCAGCAGAACCCUCACCUCAGCCCACACCUCCCAGUGAAGACACCAACGGAAGUCCAGCAUGCGCCCCGGAUACCCCAGUACCACUGCCCAGGAAGAUCAAUACAGGGAAAAGUAAAACACGACGAGUGAAGACCAUAUAUGACUGUCAGGCAGACAAUGAUGACGAGCUGACGUUUGUAGAGGGUGAAGUCAUUGUGGUAACCGGAGAGGAGGACCAGGAGUGGUGGAUUGGACACAUCGAAGGGCAGCCGGAGAGGAAAGGUGCCUUCCCCAUGUCCUUCGUCCACAUCCUGUCUGACUGACACCCACGAGUCAAUCACCAGCUGCGAAGCCCCGCCCACCUAGUUCACAUCUUACUGAGAUGAACGCUGUAAAUAGCUGUCGUAACUUCCACAGGACUUUAAAAAAUAGAAAACCAAACCCACAAAAAAGCAGCAGUAAGCGAAACCCUGUAUUAACUUCCUCGCCAUCAAGGAGCUGCAGUGUGACGAGUAUCUAACUUUAUCAGUGUUAUCAUUCCUCUUUAGAACAGUCUAGAUCAGCCAAGGCUGCGUUUACCCACAUCCUCCACUUCUUCAGCCGUUCCACUUCUUAACUUCUUGCUUUUGUAUAUAACGAUUGUACAUAGGUAUUAUAUCGGUGUCAGCUGCACACAAACCCACAUACGUGAGUGUUUUGUGUCCGUGUGUAAAUAUAAAACCUUGUGUUAGUGUGAGAAAACAUUUAAAAGUGGAGCAAAAAAAAAACAAAAAAAUAAGGUGUGUGUACUUGUAUUUUGCCCAUCAGCUUACCACACCCAGGGCCAGUUCUGUUCAGUGAACUGUAAAGUAAAGUAUUAUAAUGCGGACUGGUCAUUGUUGACGUGUGUUGACAUUUUGCCUUGCGGACGUAACAGAAGGGAGCAAAAAAAGUGGUUUUCGGAUCAUAGAGAGUGUUGAUCAUGUUUUUACCUCCACAUCUCUCAGUGUACCACUAUAGCACGUCCAAGGACGGAUUACUUACUCAUAAGAUGUUUACUAUCUCUCGCCCUCGUUUUCUUCUGUGAAAUGAAAUGAUUGAACCUGUGUAAUGCACACAACCCGUUAUUGUGGUUAAAUCGUGUGUGUGUGGCCUCUCUCUCCUUGUCUUAUUUCUUAACAGCUUCUUUCCACUUCUACUGAUUUCUGAUCCAGGACUCUGAACACUCAUCUCUAUACAGGACACUGCUCUGAAAUGUUACAGUUGUGUUAUCAAUAGACGUCAUUCUUUUUACUUCUUUCACAGUUCCAGACACAGAAGCAUUGUGGUCCUCCCUCACUUCACAUUCCCCUUCACCCUCUUUAUUAUUGGUGAGCAUUGAAGGCGUUGAGAUAAUGAUGAUAAUGAUACUUGAAGCAUUCCAUUCAUAAGGAAUAUGUUGUUUUUCGUCAUAGUCUUCAGUUAACAUAUAGAUAAAGAUAUGUUUUAAGGAACAUACCGCAGAGGGUCCUGAUGCAACACGAGCUCGUCCAGCGAUAUUCAGGUGCUGCCUCUCUUCUCAAGUAACUAGCCAGGUCUUGACUGUUUUAUGUUGGGAGACAAUACUCAGGUUGUCAGUACAAACGAAACGCAACAGAGCAGACCGUAUUAAGCAGAAGAAGCUAACUCGACACUCACUUUUCCGUCACUCACAUACAAACCUGCUGUGAUAACACAAUACAGUAAACAGCCACAUGAAAUUUGUGACCUACAGAUCUGUUUCAAAAUAUGAAAUAAAAUACUGUUUCAGAUGGAAGGGUGAAA